AUGUGCAAGGAAGGAUGGCAGAUUCCUUUGAGCCUUGAAGAGGUCCGAGAAGCAGCUGACAAAGGUGAGCUGUGGGCGGUGAAGGCCCUUGAACAGCUCCGGAAGCUUGAGCGCUGCGCUAACGAUCCAGUGCGACUCCAUUUGUCCAGCUGUGCGUGGCUCCACCGGAUCGCCUCGCAGCAGGGUCGCACGCGCUACGUGGACCCACGGACGGGGCUGGGUGUGUUCACGGCCACUGCCUUGAAGACCGGGGCGUGCUGCGGCCUUCAUUGCCGGCAUUGUCCGCAUGGUCAGGGGCCAGGCGGUCUGCUGACAGCCGAAGAGAAAAUUACCAUGCUGGAUUGGUGA